AUGAGCCUAAAGCCUUCUGUCUGCCGGGACCUGCUCAUCCGCGUCUUGGGGGGGGGGCUGUGUCUUACUAAGUUUGGCUUGACCUACAAUAAUUCUCCGGACGCAUUACCCUUUUCAAUUCGUGCUUCUAUUUAUCAACUACGGGCCAUGGCUAGUCUUAAGAAUAUCAUGAAUACUGAGGACGAGCCCAUCGAUCCAAGAUCCGAGAGCCGUUCCACUGACCUGACUUCAAAGUCACCCUCUGUCCACAGCUAUGUCACAUCCUUGAACUAUCAAACACACACCCCUUCUCAUAUCAACCCUCAUGACCCAUCAGGAUCAUCCAAGUCGUCCUCUGUUAUUGAUCUUUCAUCACCGACAACAGCCGAUCUCAACAUGAAUAACCGACGACGCCGCAGCAACAUGAGCAUUGACUCUAAUGACACACAUUAUGCUGCCCAGCAUGCUUCAUCGUCAAAUACCCUCAUGAGGCCCCUAACGACUGCAGCAAGCGGCGAGUCCCGUGUCAGAUUGACUCCAAUUACUGGAAAGAUUAGCAAGGCAAAGAAGGGCGUGCUGGUUCAUAAUUGUGAUCAGUGUCCCAAGCUCAGCCAUUCGCCUCCAGAGUUGUAUUGCCCUAUCCCUGGUUGCAACAAGACCUUCUACCGCAAGGACCUUCUCGAUCGACAUGUUCAGAGACAUGACCAAGAUGCCUUGGAUAUCGUUGAAACGGAGCGCCCUCAUGACCAGGGCAGUUCGAAGACACAGGUACUGUCCCCUGCAGAGACUACACGACCCGAGCCUAUCACAGUGUUCAACGAUCCUCAAACAUUGGUUUCUGCAAAGAACAGCUCUAAUGUCGCUGGAGCUUGGCAACCAAUGACUUCUGUACCCAACAUAAACCGCAACUACAAGACGGAACCUAGUUCGAAUGGAUCGGUUGAUUACCCAGACUACGCAUUAGAUCCUGAGCUGCCAGCAGUAAACAAUAAUUUUAUGUCAAACUAUGGUGCGCCAAGAACUAUGCCAAUACUGCCGACUCUACCUGAGGGUGUAACUCCAGAAUUACAUUGGCAAGGCAGCUCCGGAUCAACAAGUGCUUUCUCAACUCCUCCGAAUAACUCAAGAAGUACCCAGUUUCCUGUGCCGGUUGCGAACGAACCUUGGAUGACCCCAGCGUCGACUUACCAUAGCACUCCUAACGAUAUACCAAGCACUAGUAUGGACCAUGUCACAUAUCCUGCCCCAUAUGUGUACCACAGCACUCCGCCACAGGUCUACACUCCUGCCUUUGGCAUGGACCUAUCUUUACCUGGAUAUCCCGAAGACACUGCUCUCAGUACUGUCGGUCAAACCCUCAAUUCCACAGUUCGUAGUGUGUCCCCUUCAUUGGCUGUUGCUCAAUCUGAGACUUUGUUAGCUGUUCCGUCGCUACCAACUUCAGGUGGGACUUUCGAUUUGGCCAGCUGCAGCUCUGGGACCUCAGGAGGGAACGGCUUGCUAAGCACCCAAGAUCUGAUGCCACUUUCCCUUUCAUCUGCUACUAGUGAAGCAAUUCCAAGGUAUCUUGAGGUUUAUUGGAAUCAAGUCCACCCCAAGGAGCCUAUCAUUCAUAAGCACACAUACCAAGACGUCCCCGAGGAAGAGACAGAGCAUAUACAUGUGCUACAAUGUGCUAUGGCUGCAUUGGCAACACAAUUUAUUCCCAACGCAGACGACCGCAUGAAGGGAGCGGAGCUUCAUGCUUACGCCUUGCACAAGUCUAAAGUGGUCGUCAGUGAUCAACUCACUUCUACUUCUCGCCCCUCCAUCAAAGAUGAACAUCAAGCUUGGAAAGCCUGGAUUGCCGCAGAAUCAAGACGACGGUUGUUGGCAGCUUGCUUCCUGCUUGAUGUACAUAGCUCAUGGUACCACGAACGCCAAUACACUUCUGUCAUCGGUUUAGAUUACUCUUCUCCGAGUACUCUCCCAAUCCCGCUUACAGCUACAACGACAAAGGCUUGGGAAGCCCGCGACCCUCAAUCAUGGUCAAAAUUACGGACAAGAAGGGCUCCAAAAUCUAUUUCUAACACAAACCUAUGGACACUGUCUGCUUCUGAUAUAGCAUCUGGCCCAGCUUUUGAUGCGGCAGUUUUACUUGCUGUAUACUCAUUAUCCCUUCCACGGCGCCAAAGCCCAUCGCAAAUUAGUCUUGUGGAAGAUGUAGCAAAGUUCAAGUCAAAUAUGUUCCCUAUUUCAAGGAUAUUCCCCGACUCAGCUAUUGCUAGCACUUAUCUAGCAUUACACCACACACCCCUCUACCAUCUAUUAUCAGUAUCUGGCAAGACCUGGGUUUUCAACAAAAAGCUGACUAACCUAAACUUGUUUGCGGAACACCAGAAGCUUCUAGACACGUGGAGAAGCUCAGGAACGGCUUCAAUAGCAACUGUGUUUGCUGCGCGGUCGUUAAAAUUGUUCCUUAACUUGCAGACCUCGCCCAGUCAGGCUGAGAGCAGCAGAGGGGAGACUUGUCCGGUGGGGACAAUACCCCUGUCUGGCAUAUCGGAUUAUUGGGGCAUAUAUGUCUGCUCUCUAAUCUGUUGGGCUUUCGGUCUGACAGAGGAACAAGAUAAACCUAGAAUCGGUACGACACAAGAUGCUGCGAAGGAAUGGGUUCUUAGGGUUGCAUCUCAAGAGCCAUCUGAGGUACACACCCAAAGUGACCGCAACGGGGCUCGAGGGGUUGUCGGUCUUGCGAGGCAAAUGUUGUCGACUGAGUGUCUAGGAGGAGGAAACAAACUUUUUUUCGAUGCCAUAAACGUUCUGAUACGACUGGAGGGGGAGGUUACUAGCAACUGUUGA